CCAGGGGGCGGGGGGGGAGAAUCCCAAGCAGGCUCCAUGCUGUCAGCACAGAGCCUGACAUGGGGCUUGAUCCCGUGAACAGCGAGAUCAUGACCUGAGCUGAAAUCAAGAGUCAGACGCUUAACUGACUGAGCAACGCAGGCAGCCCUAUUAUAUUCUUCAUUAUAUUUGUUUGCUAUAUAUUUUAUAUUGUUUAUUAUGUUUCAUUAUAUUGUUUUCUAUUCACUUUAAUAUAAUAAAGCACCUUGUGCCAUCUAAAACCAUCCUACACAUAGUAAAACCAUGUGUAUGUACUAUGCUUUGGAAAAAUUUAAGACUAUCUGGGUUUAUUGGUUGAAUGGUGAAAGAAGGGAGGAAUAAAAAAGAUCAAUAAAAAUGAUACUAUUUUAAGUGUAUACGUUAUAUGAGUGAUUUAAAAAAAUGGAAACAUGAGUUUAUAGGAGACAGACAAGUAAGUUUGCUUGAUUUCAAGCCCCUGUUAUUGUCAAGGUAAAUUGUGCAUGUAAAGAAGGAAGUUGAACAAAAUGACAUUCCUUUUUGGGCCUUAAAUAUUUGCACAUCUUUUUUAUGAUUCUUGUUUCACUCAGUAGCACUAGGGUCAUGCGACCAUAUAGAUAUAAAUGCUAUGCUGUAUAUCUUGUCAAGAAGGGUAAUGUCUGUGCCAGGGAAAGGAAUUCUUGUUCUUAUUGUGGGAAGGUAAAACAGAGUCAGAAGCAAAUGAGAUCAGAUUCAGCUUGUCAAGCCUACGACAGGACCUUUGGAAUCCAGAAAAACAGAUUGGAGAGUGAGUUUAAAAGAAAGGGGGUAGGUAGGGCUGGCUUCACAGGCAUGUGACCUCUGUGGUUGUACAGGUUUCCACAUUUAGAAAGGCCCUGUACUCGAUUUAAUGUUCUGCUGUCAUCAUCUUAAAAGUCUUAAUAAUUUUUGAAAAAGGGACCUACAUUUUUAUUUUGCACUGGGCCCUAGAAAUGUAGCCAGUUCUUGGGUUAGGGUAGGGAGAUAUUUAUAGAAGGCUUUAUUCAAGGUUUAGGUUCAUGGGGUAGAAAUGGAAGAGUGAAAACUAGAAAUGAGUUGUGAAAAGGAGGUUUCAGGUCUUACCUGAUGGGUCUCUUCUGAUUGACCGUGGCUCAUAGGUUAAGAGAUCCAACAAGGAUUUCUUGUGCCUUAAACUCCUUAAGCACUGGAAAACAUUGUGCAGUAAGUUGUUCUCUGUGAAUUACCUUGCAGAGUCAAGUUAUGGUGGAUCAAGUGGGGGCUGGCAAAUGGAAAUGCCUGCCAAGAGCGGCUCUAAAACAACAGGGAGUGGUCGGCAGGGGGGUGGGCAUGAGGGGAACAUGGUCUGUAUUCUGCUUCAGCCUGUAUUUGCCACUUGAUGUUCAGCCAUGUCAUUGUCCAGAGUGGCUGAACCCUGCUGGUUCUUUAGGAGUUAGAAAUGUGGAUUUUUUAGCUGUGACGGUUUCCAAUUAAAACAAAAAAAUGUGCUGUGUGGACUAAAUAAAACGUGUAAUUGAAUUCAUUUCAGUCUUUAAGCAGACAUUUUUAUUUUUUUAUAUUUAUUUAUUUAUUUUAAUGUUUUAUUUAUUUUUGAGAGAGAGAGACAAAGUAUGAGCUGGGCAGGGGCAGAGAGAGAGGGAGAUAGAAUCCACAAAGCAGACUGCAGACUCUGAGCUGUCAGCACAGAGCCUGAUGUGGGGCUCGAACUCAUGAACCAUGAGAUCAUGACCUGAGCCAAAGUCAGAUGCUUAACCGACUGAGCCACCCAGGUGCCCCUAAGCAGACGUUCUUAAACAACUUAUUUUCUAUAGGUAAACAUGGAAAGUGACUAAAUUAAUAUUUUAGGGGAGGGAUCUAUGGAUCUAAUGGACAAUGGACCUAAUUUUGAUAUCUUUGGUGAAGACAUCCCUAAUACAGAGAUGGGGUUAGGGAGAGAGCUGCCAGUGGAUGUUGAGGAUUAUGGUGCAGAAUAAGCUCUAGAUUCUCUUUCUUUUCUUUUUUCUUUUCUUUUCUUUUGCCUUCUCUUUUCUUUCUUUUUUUUAAAGUUUAUUUUAUUUAUUUUGAGAGAGAGAGAGCAAGUGUGAGCCUGAGUGGGGGAGGGUCAGAGAGAGAGAAAGAGAGAGAGAGAGAGAGAGAGAGAGAGAGAGAGAGAGAGAGAGGGAGGAUCCCAAGCAGGCCCCUCAAGGAUUCAGAGCUUGAUCCCAUGGACUGUGAGAUCAUGACCUGAGCAGAAAUCAAGAGUCAGAUGCUCAACCAGUUGAGUCACCAGGUGCCCCCAGAUUUUCUAUAUUGGAGGGGCUUAGUAAGGGUUACAAGGGAUAUUGGUUUACGGGGACCUAUUUUUAGCUGUGUUUGUAUAACAAACUCAUUGUUUUAGAUAAUAUGACAUAGAUCAUAAGAAGCCAGCUAGCUCUCUAGUACAUUUUUUCCCACACUUCAGGUAAGAUUGAAACGACAGCAACUGGUCAUUUUCAGGAAUGGACCGAGGAGUUUUAGGGCUGUUAGCGAUUAAGGAGGAAUACAAGCUUCUCAACUCCCCAGACCAAUCUUUUGUCCAUUAUUGUUAUGGUUUAUUGUUAAAAGAAGAUAUUAUGAGAUGGACACAUUAGCCUAAUGUGUCCAUUAGUCUGAUGCCAUUAAAAAUGCAGUUCAUCUAACCAUUUCCCCCCGAUUCUGUGCUUACCUUCUGAAUAUGAUUUGCCUCCCAAGUGAAUCUACCAGAGGGAGAGAAUGAAUGCGUUCUACAAUUUAGAAUAUAGGUGUUUUUAUAGCUACUUAUUGUUAAUUAUAAUCUAAUCAAUUGACAUUCUGGUGUUGUGUUAUGUGUUGUGUGUUAUGACUAUGGUACUGUGGAUCUUCCAGUGAAAUGUAGAAUCUCUUUGAUAUGCUGACAAACUCAAUUUUGAACUUGCACAGCUCAAGGCCAGACCUUAUACUAUGGCAAAUUUGCCAAAAUAAUGAAUGCCACUUUGGGAGACCCUCUGGGGGGCCUUUCCUUAAGUGACACCUAAAAUAUACCUUAAAUGUAUGCAACUUUCCUAUUUGAAUUUCUUUAGUGAUAGAGACACGAUAUAUAGUACAUAAAAAUCAUGGGGUAAAGUGGGAUAGCCCCAUGGAAGUCUUACUAGGAUUUCAGAUGGUUGAGAGGUGCUGGCUCAAGUGAAGGUAAAUUGAUUUCUUUUUUAAAAAAAUUGAUUUCUUUUUAAGAGUACUUUUCUAAAACAUUUUAUCUAGCCAGUGAUCUCCAGUAGAAAUACAUUGUAAGUAGUGUUUCCCAACUUCAUCUGCUAAUGGCUCCUUUAAAAUGUUUCCUUUGGCAACCAGUGCCUUUGGAAAACAUCAUGAAAUAUUUGCAAAGCAUGGCCUUAAGAUUGCGCUGAAAUUGAGGUAUUUCUGGAAUUCUCCUGGGGGAAAAGAUGUAUCUAAUCAGUUUUCAGAAUUUUUGUUGAAUCACAGUUUACAUUGGGUUCCAUAAGAUCUACCUGAGUGUUCUGGAGUGUUUGCUUACUAGCUAUUUGAACCUGGAAUUGUCCCAGCAUUGACCUGGGCAGAAAUGGAACUUUGCAAUCUGGAUUUUGGAAUUUGGAUCAUAUUAUGAGUCAACCUGGAAUUCCCGGAGUCCAAGACUUCCUUUAUUAGUAUGUUUCUUCUCCUGAUAGUUCACAUCUUAAAAAAGAGGUUGGGAAUUUGCUUCUUAAGACCUAUCUUAGAACUCAGCCAUAUUCUCACAGCUAGGACUCAAUGAACAUGAUGGUUAGCCAAAUAAAGAUUAUUUUCAGAAAAUCAGAGAUCAGCUUAUAGAGUAAUACAGUUUUAUAGAUACAUUAUUUUCUUUAAUUCUCAAAUCAGGAAAGUGAUUGCAGAACUCUAUUUCCAAAUAUGAAAUGGUGAUUGCAGGUACAACUCAAUUGUGUAUUCUUAGUGUGUAAUGACAAUAUUGAGAGGAAAAUUGAUUAGUAGUUUUAAAACAGCAGGAAAAUUAUUUCCUGCCCAAACAUUGAUUAGUCUUUGAAUAGGCUUUCUUACAAUCCUUUUCUUCCAUAGACUGCAGGGUGCAGCACAGUCAUAUUUUAUGUGGAGUCAAGCAGAGAAACCUACUUGAUGCGAUUAAACUUAUUGCUGCUUUUUCAGCAGGUGCAAAAAUAACUUUGUUUUCAGUAGUUACACUUUUCCUGGCUUGAUAACACAUCAGGACUUCUGUAGUUUUAUUUUGAUUAAAGAGAUUAUAGGAACUAUUGUAUUAUGUUAUGAAAUGUGCAAACAAUGAAGUAUUGAAGUUUUCUGGUGAUAUAUAUUCCUCCCUUUGACUUAUAAAUAGCAAUUUGCUUAGCAUGCUUGCAUGAGUGCUUUAAAAUCCUAUUAGCUGAAGGUCACAUAACAUUAACUUAUUCCUGAUUAGGUGUUACGUAAAAUAUAGGGAUAAAGAAGACUGAAGUUCUUUCCCUCAGGGAACUUAAGAUCUACUUGAGGAGGUAAGACAUAGAAUUAAGAUAAAUAAAUAUUAGAAUGAGAGAGUUUAUGAUGAGUCCCAAAUGAGUGGUUUAGAAUAUUACAUAACUGGUUUAGUAUUUCACAGGAGAGAGAUGUUUUCUGCCUCCUGAGGUAGUUGGGGAGCACUCCUGCAGGAGCUGGGCCUUGAGCUGGUCCCUGGGGACAGAAAGGAUUCAGCCAGGUGGAGGAGAUUAGGCGGGAUGCUGGUGGCGGUACCAAAGGCAGCUAAGCCAGAAUGUGUCUGCCUUUUCAGCAGUGAGUGGAUCUAUUUGGCUCUAAUAGAGGACUCAUGAAGGUGAAUAAUGGAAAAUAAAACUGGAGAGACUGCAGCAGAAUAUGUAAAAUCGCGACUCCCAGAGGCCCUCAAACAGCAUCUUCAGGACUACGAGAAGGACAAAGAAAAUAGUGUUUUGUCGUACCAGACCAUCCUUGAACAGCAGAUUCUGUCAAUUGACAGAGAAAUGCUAGAAAAAUUGACUGUAUCCUACGAUGAAGCAGGUACAACGUGUUUGAUUGCUCUGCUAUCAGAUAAGGACCUCACCGUGGCCAACGUGGGUGACUCAAGAGGGGUCCUGUGUGACAAGGAUGGGAACGCCAUUCCUUUGUCUCAUGAUCAUAAGCCUUACCAACUGAAAGAAAGAAAGAGGAUAAAGAGAGCUGGUGGUUUUAUCAGUUUCAAUGGCUCCUGGAGGGUCCAGGGAAUCCUGGCCAUGUCUCGAUCCCUGGGGGAUUAUCCGCUGAAAAAUCUCAAUGUGGUCAUCCCAGACCCAGAUAUCCUGACCUUUGACCUGGACAAGCUCCAGCCCGAGUUCAUGAUCUUGGCAUCAGAUGGCCUCUGGGAUGCUUUCAGCAAUGAAGAAGCUGUUCGAUUCAUCAAGGAGCGCUUGGAUGAACCUCAUUUUGGGGCUAAAAGCAUAGUUUUACAGUCAUUUUACAGAGGUUGCCCUGACAAUAUAACAGUCAUGGUGGUGAAGUUCAGGAAUAGCAGCAAAACAGAAGAGCAGUGAACCCCUCAGGGUUUCGUCUGCCUUAGACUAAAGGACUUUCAACACACUGGUCUCUUUUAAUGUAGUGAAAGGCGUGGGAGUUACAAUUAGGAUCAUCUACCUAGACAUGGGAUUCCCCCUCCCUGGUGGCCAUAGGUCUAUAUGCAGUAAUGAACAGAGGGUGCUCUCAGCCAAUGUAGCCAAGAGGCUGGAAAAUGGUUUCUUCAUGUUUUUCCAAGUCUUUCAUCCGAUGUUGAAAAUAUAUAAAUAUAUAGCUGUAGAUUCACACGUAUGAAGUGAAUGGCAUAUGUGCCAUAUAUUCUCCCAUUUGAGAUUCUUUUCAAGAUCUCUUACAGGGUUCUCCAGGCAUCAGACUUUGUCCUCUCUUCGGAGCCGUGAACAGAGCAGGCCUCCAGAGCUGCAGGAGACAGGCUUCAGCGUCCCCUGUGAGUCAGGGCUGAUGUGUCAACGCCCGUUGCUGAGAGGCAGAGCUAUCCUGAGAGUGCUUUGUCCUUCUGAGCCCAGGUUUUUCUGCCCAGCAGCAGCCCAGACACGGAUUUGGGAUGGUUUAUUAUUCCGUGGCCGCUCUUAGAGACUGAGGGAAGUGGGGAGGAUGAGAGCUGCCUGCACAGCAGACAUAACCUUUUCCCCUGGCUUCCUUUAUUAGUUAAAUAGACUCUGUGUACCACCUGACCAGUCUUUGUGCGUUUAUCCUAAUUGUGCAUGACCUUAACCUUUUGCUUCUACCUUACCUUAUGUAAUAGGCAGCUGUGAAACUUCACCACCAGACACCACGAUUUUUUGUCUUACCAAGAAACCUGUUCGGGGAAAUGAGUAACGCAAAUCACAAUACCAUAAUUCCUUCAGUCUUUAAGGGUAGAGGAAAAUAGUGGCCAAAUAAGUCACAGUGCCUCUUGGGAAAUCUACUGUUUGCAUUAGGAGAGAAAGCUGGUGAGGUCACCACCCUGAACUGAGCUCCAGCGGCCAGUUUUUGUGCGGGUUUUUUUUCCUCGGCUAUCUUAUUAGCUUUCAUGUAUCUUUCAAGCAGUGUUCAGAGAAGCAGCAGCCUCGAACUGCGUGUGUGUUCCCUGAAGCCCAGUACACAGUUCCCAGUGCGGUUUGGCAUUUGGUGAUAAAAUGCUGGCAUGUGCUUCUCCUUGACAGUGGAAAGGCAGCAGCCGGUAACAUUUGGUUGCAGAUCACCGUCCACACUAGGUAGCUUUCCCCAAAGAAAUACAAUCCGUCCCACACCGCCCCGCCCUGUGUUUCGAGGCAACCCAGCUGGCUGGGAAUUCAAGCUCAAACCUGUAUUGUUAAGUGGCUCAGAGUUAUUUCUGUGCAAAGCUUGCUGCUCUUCAUUUCCUAUCUCCAAAGUCAUGUUUCCAAUAUCAGUAUUGUAUAAAUUAAUUGACAGAAAAUGCUGGGUCAUCCUGUUUGCCUAGCUGACGUGGCUCAAGCAACCAAACAAGAUUUUUGUUGUGUCUCCGCCCCUCUGUGUCUGAAAUGUCAAGGUGUCCACCUGGUUUUGUCCUUCUCAAGUGGGCACUUGUCGUUAGAGCUUCUCAAAGGCCCCGUUGCUUGGCCACCUCUGGUCCAUGGUGCUCCUCGCCUCCCCGCCCCACCCUUAUUCAACUAUGCAGCUUUCCGGAAGCAGGUUCCAAGGGAGGACCUGGGAGGAUGAAAAGAUUCCCUUACGGCUGCCAAGGACUGCACACCCUGUCUUGAUUCCUCCAAGCACUUACCUUUCUUUGACUGCAGUGAGAAUUAAUAAUGGUUUCCCAAGAGAUUUUGCUCACUUUGGUAAACUGUAACAUUGGAAUUUCCAACAUUAGAAUCAGAACCCUGAUUUUUUUUUCAGCUAUAGAAUGUUCUAGUACAAAAUAUCUGCCACCAUUUUAGAUUGAAGUGUUUGCAUGUUGAGAGACAGUGAGCAUUUGGAUGUGUGUAUCUGGGUGGGGGUCAGGAGAGGAAUGUAGGAGUCAUGCUGGUUGUGCUCAGUGAUGGGACAGUCAAGCCAGGUGGCCCAUGUUUGCUUGGAGAUCUAGGACAUUGUGACUCUGGAGAGUUACCAAAGCCCACUAGGAACAGGCAGUUUCAGCAUGUUGUGCUACACAGUCCAUUUUCCUUUUUUAUUUUUAACUUAACCCUAAAAUUCAUCAUAACAAGAGAAAGAAAUUAUUAAAUUCCAUGAUCAUUGUUAUUGUCUAAAAUGAAAAUAGUAAUGUUUUGGUGAAGACAAAAAAGCAAAGCCACAGUGGAGUCCUGUUUGUGUACCCUGCGCGAUGUCUUCCUAGGCAGCACCGAGUGCAGGACUGUAUGCCUGGGGAAGCCCCCAGCUGAGGUUCACAAGGUGGCUUCCAAAUUUUGCUUUGUAGAAUUAACUCCUUUCUGAAUUUAACCACAUAGUGUGUGUGUAUUUCCUACUCCCUUUCUUUCUGCCUCUUUUCCUCCCACUUUGGCUUGUAGAUUUUUCAAAGAUAGACAUUUUAGGCAAAAUAGUAGCAGUUUUAUUAAUAGCUGUGUCUAAACUUAGAGAAUUUUGCUUCCUUCCCCUGUCCUGGAGCUCUCUCUGACCCUCCGUCCAGCUGUUUGGGGUCUACAGACAUCACCCCUGGGGUGCCCUGUGGCUCAUUUUCUAGGGACAAGGGAAGUUGAAUCUAGCCUUUAGGGAAAUUGAUUUGAGGAGUUUGCAUGUGAAACUUCCCUAAACAGCACUGCCAAAGCUUUGGAAUUACCACACGAGGCCGCCCAGACUCCCUAGCCCGAGUUCGCAUUGCCAAUAGCCCCAUGGUGCCAAAUUUUGGGAUGAUUUUGCGGUCUUUUAAAAAUGAAGUUGGGAAUGAAUGACCACAUGCUUAUGAGCCCCCAGCAAGGUGCCAAGCCCAGAUCCUCAUUAAUGCACUGCUCUGCUUCUGCUCCACUGGCAAUUUAUACUCUUAACAUGGGUUGGGAUUAGGGGCAAGGGUAGGACAAGAUAGGAAAACUUUUUAAAAAAUUCAUUGUAUUUGCAAUUCUUUAAUCAAAGGAAUAAACAAUACUUACAUUAAAAACUCCAAAGCUAGUUCCUAAGAUCUGCAUUCAUUUUAUGUGACCAACUUGUCCAAGGCACUUAACUCUGAAGUCACUAUUGUAAUACAACAUGACUGUGCACAGAUGUACACAUUACUGGUAACCAAUGGCUACAUUCUAUUCCUUGCGGUAGAUAAAAGGUAUUGGCCUCUUGAAUCUUGUCUAUGUGAUAAAGGUAUUACGAAGAGUAUUUUUUUUGUAGAGUAAAGGAGCACAGGCAAUCUGGAUAAUUUAACACAGGGCUUAUUUCAGGCAACUGUAAUGAUUUCAACCCACAUACAUUUUGUGCAUACGGGAUUGCGUUAGAGUGACAGCAUCAUCAUUUCAAUCCAACUGAAGUAAUUCUAGGAAAUUGAUUACAUUAUUGAAUUGGAUCACGGGGAUUUCCAGCAGUACAUGCGAGAUACACAAGGGAGUGAUCACUUUUUUCCUUUGCCCGGUAUACCUUGAUUUUCUGGAUUUUUUUUUCUCCCCGAGUUAUUGCCAGAUCGAAUGCUCUUACAACUGUGUCAAUGAAGAAGGUUUAGAAAGGGCAACAUUUUGUAGUGCAUUUGAAAGUCUGAGAAUACAUGCUGUGGAUAAAGCUUUAUUCUUUAAUGAUUUCAGAAAAA